AUGCAUCAGCUGAGAGACCAAGUGAAUAUGGAAGUGAAUCCAAUUAUUGUACGAAGCAUUCUUCUCGCAUUUAUUAUAGGAAUUGCUUGCUUUGCCACUUUAUAUUUGACUUAUCUGCUCCUCAUAAUUAAAAUAUGGCGUCUCCACCUAGCAUAGCCUCCUGCAGCGCAGCUUCCGAGCACAUAUUUUAAUUAUAUCCGGCAAGGUUUACCAUUAUAGAAAUGGGGCAACAAUGCCAGGUAAGCAAUUCUGCAGGACAGAGCCUAGCCCAUGCUCAACGACUGGAAUGGAUUUUACUUCGUGGGGAAGGAAGACGCGGAGGUUGGAAAGGGGAAGCCCAGCCAAGUCCUUAGGACCAAUCGGGCAACUCCCUAGCGUGAAACUGGGCGUUACGACCAAGGCCAUGUGUUCUCCCUUUUUGCUGAGAGUCGGCCAGAAAAUCCAUUUUUUGGAUUUUCCGAACAGGCAACUCACUUCCUCAAAGAAGUCGUUGACGUCAUCUGGAGGUGCGUGGUGCGCUGGGCGGUCGUACCGGGAGGCUGUGCUUUCAGAUUCCUAAGCGUCAAGAGGUGGCGGUGGGCCCCGGAAUGCCUACCCAGUGGGGGACGUUAAACGUGAUAUUAAUUUAAGUAAGACUUAUCUGCUCCUCCUCGACUAUCUUGAAGUUGUAUUUCUCACUCCCCCCCCUCCGUGAGUGAACAAAGCCAUUAGAAAAAUCGUUAUUUUUUGCCCAAAAACCCACACUCCGUGAGUGAACAAAAAUUGUUUUAAUAGUUUUAUUGAAAAAAAUUUAGAUAUAUAAAUGCUAAUUAGUAUAAUGAAAUCUAGAGCUAAUUCUGUUUAAUUUUAAACAAAUUGCUUUUUAAAACAUAAAUUUUAUAAAUUAAAUUAAUAUUUGCUUUCCAAUUUUUGCGAAAAUAGGAUUUUUUUAAAUUUCGAAAAAAAAUAUUUUUUAUAAAAUUUAUAUAUAAAUUUUUAAAAAAAAAAAAAUUAACCCCCCCCUGUGAGUGAACAAAAUUUUUUUGUUCACUCUCGGGGGGGGGGGGAGUCAGCAUUUUCUUCAGCAUCUCAAUCAGGCCAAUCAAAGACAACAUCUUGAUUUAUUUUUUAAGGCAUAAAACCGAAAAGCCUUACUUUUCAAUGGUAAAAGAAUCGCUUCUUUUCCAUCUAUUUUACCUUGUGAAAUCUACAAAAAACAUUUCAGCGAAAUCUGUAACAAGUAUAGGGCAGACAACUUUGAUUGUAUUCCUCUCUGCAGCCUAUUUAAUUGUUUUUAAGCUCAGAUUCAAGCUAUUUUGAUCAAUAUCUAUUAUCAUAGUUUUGCUGGAUUUUACUUUGAGACUUUUAUAUGACAUUUAUAACAUUAUAAGACAUAAAACCUGAAUUGAAAUCCCUUCAGGGUUAUUUAUUACCUUUGUUACUAUAGGCACGAUUAUAGGAGUUAUAAUGGUGCUUAUUAUAUUGCAUACAUUGGCAAUUGGCUACACCGUGCUAGAAUUCAAGGACCAAGGUAAAGCGUUGAUUGACCAGUUUUCAGCCACGCUAAGCUCAAAGCAAGCACAAGAUUUAGUUGAUAAAGUUUAUGACGUUGCUAAACAAAGCAACUUAAUUGAGCUGACCAAAUUUGAAUUUAUUGAUUUUUCCAAUAAAGAUUAUCAAGCUUGCUCUGCAUACAUUGAUGAUCUGGACAGUAUCCCAUUCAUUGGAAAACUCUUAUCACCAUAUGUGAAAACCAUAGACUUCUGGCUUGACUAUGCGAAUCUCUCCUCCUACCAAAUUUUGAAUUUCUAUUACAUUUAUAGCGACUUGAUCCAUGAGUUUCUUUUGGAUGCCACAGUUUUGACUGGGAAUACUCUUUUUACCUCUGUUUCUUUGGUUACAUCAUCUAUUACAUCAACUCUUUCAACCGUCAUCUUAUUUUUCACAUUAGUAAUCCUCCUUAUGAAUGACAAAAAAAGCUUACUUGAACGUAUUUUUGCAGCUCUUCCUAUGAAUGCUUCAAUGGAAUACCCUCUUAUCACAAGCAUAAAUAUGACUGUAAUUGGUUUAUUUAAAUCUUUAUGGUUAUGCGCAGCGCAGCAUUAUGCUAUCACAUGAAUCCUUUAUGAUUUUCUUGACAUCGAAAUGAAGUACACAGUUUCUGCCAUCACAGCCUUCGUAGCACUGUUUCCAGUUCUAUAUUCCUGGUAUUUCAAUAUCCCAACAAUAAUUUGGCUCUGCUUUAAUAUGAAUUUUGGCAAAGCCAUCGCUGUAUUUGUGGUUGAAUUUUCGCUUGACAUACUAGAUGCUCACAUAUAUGCAGAAAACAUGAAAGGAGCUAAUCCUAAUAUCGUGGCUUUGGCCAUGUUUUUGGGGAUUUAUCAGUUUGGGCUGCUUGGGAUUUUAUACGGACCACUAAUUGCUUCAGCAGUAAUCAUUAUCUUGAACCAUGGAUCCAUACCUAAAUAA